CUGAAAACAAAAGCUUGUUUUUCGUAGUGUUCUACUAAUUUAAAUUAGUAAAGUAAACUGGUUUAGCGUGUGCUAUCAGUUUUUACGAUGCUUUACGAGUUUUAGAUGCAAGCGGGCGUAUGUGCAGACUCGUACAUGUAUGAAUAUAGUUGUAGAGCGGGUUUUACCAAUUGAAUUUGGAAGUUCUACGACAAUGCAAUAAUUAGUAAAGCAUCGAUAACUCGUAAACGCUGUUAUCAGAGCGUUUACGAAUUUGUUGUACUAAUUGGUUUACAAAUUUUGUGGUAGCUUUACGAUGUUUAGAAAUAUUCCCGCUGUUGAGAUCACGUGACAACACUUUUUCAGCGUGCAAAAUUUAAUCAGCGCAUAAACGCGCAGACGACUUGUAAUAUCGAGCAGCUGGGUUGUAAGGGAACUUGACGUUGAAAACAAUGGCAAACAGAACUCCUCUCAUGCAGCAGUACUAUCAUUCAGCUCAUCAUGUGGCUCAUUCCUUUGCUUAUUGCAUUUGUUAAGUCGUUAAAAAUAUGCACCCCCUAGACAAUGACUAAGUACAAUGCUAUGAAUCUUGCAAUUGAUAUACACACAUAAUUGAAUUUAUUUUACUGUUUACUGUCUGAAGGGUUUUCAUGUGUCUGCAAAUAGGCUAUAGUGUUUGUAUUAUGUUGGAAAUUGUUUGAUGAACAUGUUGUUUACCUGCUGUGACUGUGACUUUUCGAGUCCACACUUCUUUUUAUUGUUGAAACACUACCGCUAUAUUCACACUGGGCCUGAUUUCUACAUCACCUGUGGAAUCGAUGGAUGCCAUAAGACAUACACUAAUGUUAGAUCAUACCGUGUUCAUGUUCGAUCCAAACAUAAGGAAGUUCAGAAAGAUAUAGAUCAUCCAGCUGUUGAACCAGUAGAAGAUGAACUGGAACAGGGACAAGAUGACCCGCAAGUAGACCCUAGGCCUGACCCAUCCAAGGAAGCUAGCUCUUUUCUGCUAUACCUAAGAGAAAAAUAUUUGGCAACUGGAAAGACAUGUACCUUUGUGUCUGAUGAAAUUGCAGAUUUGAUGGAACAAUGUAGACAAGAUAUAUCAGCUAAAGUCAAUGAAUGCCUUCGAGAAAAUGGAGUAGAUUUGGAUCAAUUACAACAAAAUGGUCUGACUGAAGCUCUUGAGAAAACUGAAUAUGAAAAAGCAUUUACACACUUCAGUGAUCAGCGUAAUUUGAAUAAGCAUGUUAAUGAGAACUUCAACCAUGUGUCUCCUGUCGAAUAUGUUCUAGGAGAAGAUGGAAAAGAGACAUUUCAGUAUGUACCUAUACUGAAAACUAUUGAAAAUUUACUGGAGCAUGAUGAUGUGUUUUCUGAAGUUUAUGAAGGACAUGCAGCACAAGACAAUGUUUUAGGUGACUUUUGUGAUGGAGAUAAUUUCAGACAAAGUGCAUUGUUUGCAGAGGACCCAAUGAGCUUGCAGAUUCAAUUAUACUACGAUGAUUUCACCACAGGCAAUCCGUUAAGCAACAAGGCAAAAGGGUUGAAAAUUGCAGGGUUUUAUUUUGUUUUGGGGAAUCUUCAUCCCCAAUUCAGAUCAAAACUGUAUGUCAUUCAGCUUGCCAUACUUUGCAAGUCUUCUCUUGUUAAGAAAUAUGGCUUUGAAAGAAUCUUGGAACCGUUAUUAGAAGAUUUAAAGAUUUUAGAAACAGAUGGCAUAGUUGUUCACAAAGAUGGUGUGGAACAUGUCAUGCGUGGCACACUAUCAUUUCUUGCAGCAGAUAACCUAGGUGCCCAUUCCAUAGGGGGAUUUAUGGAAAGCUUUGCAACUGUAGAUCGAGUGUGUCGCUUUUGCAACAUUCGCAAUGCAUAUUUGAAGGAUCAUUUUAGGAUGUCAGAACAACUUAAAAACAGAUCCAAAGAUUCUCAUUCCCAGCAAGUACACAUGGUAAACAGAGAUAGGAAACUAUGUUCAGUCUAUGGGGUAAAGAGUGAUAGCUGUUUGAACAAACUUGAGCACUUCCAUGUUACAAGUGGUCUUCCCCCUGACAUAGGCCAUGAUCUCUUUGAGGGCAUUGUGCCAGAGGUACUAGGAAAUGCAAUAUCACACUUUGUUUUGGAAGGCUAUUUCACCUUGGAAUACCUGAAUAAUCAGAUAAAAGAAUUUCCAUAUGAUGCCCCAGAUAAAACCAACAAACCAUCAGUUAUGGCACCUACUCUGAAUUUGUUCAAAGUAAAGCAAACUGCUCUACAAACUUGGUGUUUAUUGAGGCUGCUUCCUCUAAUGGUAGGGACAAAGGUUCCACAACAUGACCCCUUUUGGGAGGUUGUGUUACUGCUGUUAGAUGUUGUGGAGAUUUCUACAAGUCCCAAGGUAUCCCCAGAAUUGGCAGGUUUACUGGCUGAUGUUAUUGAGGAGUUCUUGACGAAGUAUUAUGAUGUAGUUCCUGAGGAGACAACAAUGAAGCCAAAAUUUCAUUUUCUAAUUCACUACCCUGAGAAAAUGUUGGCUUUUGGUCCGCUGAUUCAUUGUUGGACAAUGCGUUUUGAGGGUAAGCAUAAUUAUUUUAAGGAGGUGUAUCAUUCUACCAGAAACAGGAAGAAUAUAUGCAAAAGCUUAGCUGAAAGACAUGAGUAUAUGCAGGCUUCAAGAAGGACCAAGACUAACUUCUUGUCACAGGAAGGAGUGGAGCAUUCUGGUGGUAUCAUGUACCCACUCAUAUUAUUGUCAAGAGAGGAAAGACAACAGCUACGUGAAAUUGUAGGAGAUAAUGAGAAGGUGUACAAAGCAGAAAUGGUUACUUUCAAUGGCAUCAGAUAUUUCUGUGGUUCAGCUGUACUGGUUGAAAAGCAGACUCUCAGGGAUCAAUUUGCCAUCAUUGACUCUUGCUACAUAGUAGGAGGAGAGCCGUAUCUGUUAUGCAGACAUGUAAAAGUACAAUACACCCGUCACUUCCAUGCUUAUACUGUUGCGGAAGAGGAAAACAACUUUGGAUACAUUCUAUGUCAACCCUCCGAUCUUGUUGACCACCAUCCACUGGGUAUAUACCAUAGUGAUCAUUUAGAUUUCAUACCACUGAAAUAUCACAUUGAGCUGUAGAGCUCUUUAUGUUUGCAGGAACAGUAAUUUGAAUCUGCCAAUUCGAGCACUUUGAAGCAGGUUGGUCUUGGUCUUGAUGUUAAAUGCUGUAUUGCUGAGGAAUUAGUCUUGGCCUUAAUACAGCUAGCUUAAAUUUGAAUCUCAUUCAC